AUGGAUCGUUCAGCAUUCAACUGCUUGAAACGUUUCAUUUUAGCUCUUGCUUUGAUUAUUCUACAGCGCAGUUGCCAUUUAUUUGUUGCUGCUGGUGACACCCUUUCUUUGGGGGCUUCUCUGAGGAAAAAGCAUACCAUCAUUUCAAAGAAUGGCACUUUUGAAUUGGGAUUUUUUAAUCCAAAUGGAACCAACAACUGGUAUGUUGGCAUCUGGUAUGCCCACAUCCCUGACAAGACCAUCGUUUGGGUGGCUAACAGAGAAACUCCCAUCACAAGCAUGCCCGGCGUUUUGACGCUCUCUUCAAUUGGCUAUCUCACUCUCUCUGAUUUGCAAGGAAAAGUCAUUUGGUUGAGUAAUGACACUGGUAAUUUUGUUCUUUUUGGCGCCCAAAACACUUCUCAGAUUGUCUGGGAGAGGUUUGGAGAUCCCACAGAUACAUUUUAUAGUCCGGGAGACUGGACUGGUAGCUACUUUACGACUUUUCCAGCGGCUCCAUCUUAUUCCAUUUUGAAGGAGGAAUUCGUGGUGUUUUCUCCCACAAGAAUGUUCUACACAUAUAAGCUUGGAGCAAGGCUAGUACGAUGA